AUGCAGCAAAGCAUAGUAAUGACAUCUUCAAUGGCAGAGCUCUGUAAUGUUUCUGACAUUGCCCACAAGAAUCCGUAUGUCAUGUGUGUACAGAACUUCCAACUACCGAUUGGUAUCUUCGCUGUCUAUGCUACAUAUCAAGUGACUAAUAGUACACGAUUUCGACAGGUUUUUAAUAUUGCAUCGCCAGCUUUGAGGGUAUGUUAAUGUAAUGUUUAACUCAGAGCAGGGUAGGGUAGAGUGCUUUUUAAUAACCUAUUUUACUUUUAGGUUCUUCUAAACAUAACCAAGCUAGCUUACUUUUUUGGUGGUUUUACGACCUUUGUACUGUACUUUUACACCAUGAUACGCUACAACAUAUACAGUGGUGACUGUAGAACAGCGUGGAGUGUAGGUGAAUGUAUUGCUGUUAGAUUGCCGUCGUAUUAUUGUUUCUUCGUCGUUUCAUUGACUCAUGCUGCUUUAAUGAUAGAUCGUAUGCUAGUAACGUUCUGUCGGAAGUAUUACGAUGGUGGGAAAGGUACUGCGAUGUUAUAUGCUGCGAUUAUUGUGAGUUUAGUGGUAAAAGUUAAAAAAUAAAAAAUUUUUAGUAGAUUUUUCAAGUAAUUAUGUGCUCUUCUCAAAUCAAGAGUUUGAGGUUAGGGCUCAAAAUUACUUGAACAAAAAAGCAAAGUUUUUAAAAAAAUUUUUAAGUAAAAAAUAUUUUCAGUUUUCUUUGUCAAUCAUAUCAUCGGUGUACGUGUAUGGUCAAGAAGAGUACAGUAAAAUUAUAUUUGCUUGUAUAACAAGCUCAGCGCUUGCUAGAGAACAUUUGGUACAAGUUAUGACAACUUACUUUGUCAUUGGUAUAAUAACUGCUAUUGGCGAUGGCUUAGUUUUUGCUGUUUGCAAAAAGAGGUUUGUUAAGUAAGUAGUGUUAAGCUUACACUUUUUUUUUAUUUUUUUUUCUUUUACCCUUUUCUUUCUCUACACUUUUACCCCUUCCCCUUCUGUUUCCUAGACAUGAGCAAGCGCCGGGCCUGAGCAAAAUUAAAAACAGGCCGGGCCUGAGCAAAAUUAAAAACAGGCCGGGCCUGAAAGUUAGGCCCGGCCCGCAGGCCUGGCUUGAAAAUUGGGCUCGGGCCCGAAAAAAAAUUUAAAAAAUUUUUUUAAUUUUUUUUACAAUUUUUUAUUUUAAUCCCGGUUUAUGUUUUUCGAUUUUAUUGGGUUCUAUGAUCCAUAAAUGAUCUAAAAAAACAAUUUAAAGUCAAAUUUCCGUUUAGUUUUUAAGUUUUAAAAUUUUAAAAUUUUUUAAAACGGGCCUGGUCGGGCCUAGAAAUUUUCUGAUCAAGCCGGGCAGGGCCGGGCUUGAAAAUUGGGCACGACCCGUUGCUCAUGUCUACUGUUUCCUUCACUUUUUAAGCGUAUCUUUCCUUACAUUUUCAUCUUGCUCUGCUUUAGCUUUUGCCCUUCUCUUUGUCUAUACUUUUACUUCCUUCUUUCUCUAUACUUCUCUUCCAGUAUUCUGUACUUUUGCCUCUCCUUGUCUUUACUCUUAUACCCCCUCUCCUCUUUCUCAUUCUUUAACCCUAUCUUUCUUUACAAUUUUACCUCACUGUGUUUUCCUCUUUUCUUCUUUAUUCUGCUCCCACACUUUUUGCGUCUGUCUAUACACAAAAAAAAUAAUUACGGUAUUACCUACCAGAAUAUGUUUUAAAAAUCUUAUAAAGCAUGUUUUAGUAAGGUAGACUACUACAAUUUCUACACAUUGAACAAAUCAGUGGACAUUCGAGAAAACCGGCUGUCUAUAAAAGUCGUUCUACCUUUGUCAAUAGUACAUCUUGCAUUUACCAUGCCAAUGAUAGCUUCUUUUCCCCUUGGCUCUUUGUUUGUUUGGGUGGAUUCAACUUCAAUAUUGUUGUAUGUGGAGACCGUUAGCAUGGUAAGUUUGAUUUUUUUAAAACGAUAUUCAAAGCUCUAGUAUGACACUCACAGGAGUUGUUUUGUGACUGUGAUAUAGUUAGAUACAAUAAUUUUAAUACGAAACAAAAAAGUAGUUUAAAUAUUAAAUUUUCAGGUAAAAAACUUGUAUUUUCUACUAUCACCUAUCGUUUUGACAUGUUUUUACAUAUGUUUUGCCAAAGAUGUGACUGAUGAAUGGCUGGAUAGGAAAACAAAUCAAGCCGAAGAGCAUUUCAGACAAUUACACUCUACUUUGCAGUUGUAA